GCCACCUGCAGAUGGAAGAUAAAGCAUGAAGGGUUUAAAAUGAGCAGAGCUACAGCACUUAUGACUUAUAGGGCUUCUUAGAAAUUGUUUUGAAGUACACCACAACACUUUUUUGUUCAACCUAAUUGGUUUGUUUUUUUCAGAAAUUGUUUGGCUGAUCUUAUUUAUUUAUUUUUUUACCAGAGCUUUCUUUUUUUUUUGUUGUUGUUUUUUUACACGGAUAUCUCAACUUCAAGACCAAGUUUAAACUCUGGGUUUCAGAGCGCUGAAGAAACUCGGAAUGGGCAAUGCAGCCGGGAGUAUGGAUGUUUCCUCCCAGGCUAAGGAGGUCAAAACCCCACCACCUGCAAUAGUGGCUACUCCACCACAGAAGCAGCCAGCACCCCCCAAACUGCCCAUGCCUGCUGAUGGUGAGCUGGAGGAGAGGUUCAACAUGGCCUUGAAUUCAAUGAAUUUGCCUCCAGACAAGAUGAAACUCCUCAGCCAGUAUGACAAUGAGAAAAAAUGGGAGCUGGUUUGUGAUCAGGAGCGCUUUCAGGUGAAGAACCCCCCUUCUGCCUACAUCUACAAACUGAAGAGCUACCUGGACCAGGGGGUGCUAGGCCGCAAGUUUAAAACACGAGUGCAGGAAUCAACACAGGUUCUUCGAGAGCUGGAGAUCUCCCUUCGAACUAACCACAUUGGGUGGGCUCAAGAGUUCCUUAAUGAAGAGAACAGAGGCCUCGAUGUGCUGGUGGACUACCUGUCCUUCGCUCAAUGCUCUGUCACGUAUGACAUUGAGAGUGUGGAUAAUGGCAGCCUGACUCCUGAAAAGGGGAAGUCGCUGGACAGAUCAGUUGAAGACCUGAUAAAGGGAGCCGGCAAUUCCCCCACCCACAGCUCAUCAAAAUCCACCCGGCUCCUCACUGUCAGGAUUAACUCAAUGCACAGCAGGAAGGCCCUGCGCAACUCUCGCAUUGUCAGCCAAAAGGACGACGUCCAUGUCUGCAUCAUGUGCCUGCGUGCCAUCAUGAACUAUCAGUCAGGGUUCACCCUGGUGAUGACCCACCCCCGCUGUGUGAACGAGAUUACCCUGAGCCUCAACAACAAAAACGCCAGGACGAAAGCACUGGUGCUGGAGCUCCUGGCGGCGGUGUGUCUGGUGCGAGGAGGACAUGACAUUAUUCUGUCUGCCUUCGAUAACUUCAAGGAGGUGUGCGGCGAGAAGAACCGAUUCGAGAAGCUGAUGGAGUACUUUCGUAAUGAGGACAGCAACAUUGACUUUAUGGUGGCCUGCAUGCAGUUCAUCAACAUCGUGGUUCAUUCUGUAGAAAACAUGAACUUCCGGGUGCAUCUGCAGUACCAGUUCAGUCAACACGGGCUGGACGAGUACCUGGAGAAGCUGAAGCACACAGAGAGUGACAAGCUGCUGGUGCAGAUCCAGGCAUACCUGGACAAUGUGUUUGAUGUAGGGGCGCUGCUGGAGGAUGCUGAGACCAAGAAUGCCCUACUGGAGCACAUGGAGGAGCUGCAGGACCUCAACAUACAGCUGUCAGAUAAGCUGCAGGACAGUGAGAGUGUGUCAAUGGAGAAGAUGGCAGAGCUGGAGAAGCAGCUGAUCCAGGCCGUGAAGGAGGUGGAGGUGCUGAGGGAGAGUUUGCGGGAGUCGGCGGCACAGGUGAGCAUGCUGAAGCAGCAGGAGGUGGACAGUGAGCGGGUGAAGCAGGACUCCUCAGAGCUGAAGCAGAGACUGGCAGAGCUGCAGGACCAGGGCCUCAUCCACAUGAGCAGGAACACAGAGGGAGAGCUGGCCAUCGAGGUCAUCCCCAUCACUGUCAUCCAGACGCCCCCUGUAGUACACACAGGUCCACCACUCGAGCCAGCUUCACAGGCUGUAUCAGAGGAAUCCAGCAGCCCUCUGUUGCCUACCCCAGCUCCUCCUCCACCUCCCCCUCCCCCUCCCUCUCCUCCUCCCCCAUUGGCUGGAGACCAUUCCACAUACUUUCCCCAGUUAGCUCUGCCCUCAUCCACAUCAGUGCCCCUCCCACCUCCUCCACCUCCUCCACCCCUGCCUGGCUCAGAGGAGACCCCUUCCCAUCAAACGCCAACCCUGGCACCACCUCUGGGUGGAGCCAGCACUCCUGUCCCUCCCCCUCCCCCACCUCCAGGUGGAGCCAAUGGACCAGCCCCUCCCCCUCCUCCUCCAGGUGGAUUUUUGAAUGGCAGCACGGAUUCACAAUCUGCUUCAGUGAAGUCUAAGAAGCCCAUCAAGACCAAAUCCCGCAUGCCGCUGUUGAACUGGGUGGCUCUAAAACCCAACCAAGUAACAGGAACCAUCUUCAAUGAAAUUGAUGAUGAGCACAUCUUAGGGGAGCUGAACAUGGAUGUGUUUGAGGAGGAGUUCAAGACCAAGGCUCAGGGCCCCUCUCUUAACAUCAGCACCAUCAAGGUCAAGGCUGUCCAGAAGGCACCGAGCAAAGUGACACUCAUCGAAUCCAACCGGGCCAAGAACCUGGCCAUAACGCUUCGCAAGGCCGGGCUCAACAUGCCAGAGAUCUGCACUGCCAUCGAAACGUUCAACAUGCAGUGCCUCAGCCUGGAUUUCCUGGAGCUGCUGGCGCGCUUCAUCCCUACGGAGUACGAGCAGAAGCUGAUCAGUAAGUACGAGCGGGACAGGAAACCCCUGGACGAUCUCUCUGAGGAGGACCGCUUCAUGGUGCGGUUCAGCAAGAUCCCCCGGCUCUCUGAACACAUCAGCAUCCUCACCUUCAUGGGCAACUUCAACGACACGGUGCAGCUGCUCAAACCUCACCUCAAUGCUAUUAUUGCUGCAUCAAUGUCCAUCAAGUCUUCUGCCAAACUGAAAAAAAUCCUUGAGAUUAUCCUGGCUUUCGGCAACUACAUGAACAGCAGCAAGAGAGGGGCAGCGUAUGGUUUCCGGUUACAGAGUCUUGACCUGCUGCUGGAUACAAAGUCGACAGACCGUAAGCAGACGUUGUUGCACUUCAUCGUGAACAUCAUCCAGGAGAAGUACCCUGAGCUGAGCAGCUUCCACACAGAGCUGCACUUUGUGGACAAGGCGGCAGCAGUGUCCCUGGACAGUGUAGUGCAGGACGUUCGCUCUCUUCAGCGUGGGAUGGAGGCGACCCGGAAGGAGUUCAUGGUACAGGAUGACAAUGUUGUGCUGAAGGAGUUCUUGAAGAGCAACAGCGAGGUUCUGGACACACUGCAGGCAGACAGCAAAACUGGCCAGGAGGCGUAUGAGUCUCUAAUGGAAUAUUUUGGGGAGAACCCUAAAACAACUCCGCCCUCAGUUUUCUUCCCUGUGAUUGUACGAUUCAUUAAGGCUUACAAGCAAGCAGAGCAGGAUAUCGACCUGCGAAAGAAGCAGGAAGCCCUGUCCAGUGAAGGAGGCGAGGCUCCCCCCACCCCUGACAAGAAGGAAGAGUCUGCACAGAAGCCUCCCAAGGUGAAGCUCCAGCAGAUGGAUCUGAUUGCAGAACUCAAGAAGCGGCAAGUGAAGGAGCCCCUAAUGAGAGAGGGGAAGGAUGGGGCCAUCGAGGAUAUCAUUACUGAUUUGCGGAAUCAACCUUACAGGCGCGCUGAUGCAGGCCGGCGCAGUGUGACAAAGCGAUCGAACGGACAGCAGCUCCAAGUCUCUUCAGAUAUCUCCUUAUAACUGCACCCCAGUGCAGACUGGGAGACAUGGCCAUCCCAUCAGACAGAGCUCUUACCCCGAGAGAGAGAAUGAGAUACCACUAGCAACACCAAUCCAGCAUAUGUGUGAACAGAAUGGGCUGAAAAUGCAUUGCUGAAACAAUUACAUACACACAUCUUUUACUUGUGCAAUAUCAAUUGAGUGCUCCAGUCUUUUAGCAAAAAUAUAUUUUUUAGCAGAACUAUAUAUAAAAUAUGUACUUCCACAGGUCAGUAGAGGUUUCCAUGGGACACAAGCACACACAAUAUCUACAUCAGGGGUGGCCAAAGUUGGUCCAUCCAAAUCUGUUCUGAACCAAUUAAACCACCACACACAGGACUGUGAUUGGUCGCCCCUGCAUUAGACUAUAACCCAAGGCAUACAGAUGCUGGAAGAUUCUAUUGCCGAACUUGAUUUAUUUAACUGCAAAAUGCUAUCUGAAAACAUAGGAUUCUCUUCUUAAGCAUGUCUGUUCAUCAGGACUCGUCAAGUCUUUUCCAGUUAAAAGGUCCAUGCUUCAAAUCAGGCAACUCUAAAGGCUCAGUGUCAUUGAUGAACUAAAAGAAUGUGGGAGGGAUAAGCUUGGACAAGGGAGACUGCAUUUCAGUGAAAUCCCAUAGAUUCAUACAGAUUGAUUCUGCUCCUGAGAUACACACCUAAAUAUCAACAUUGUUUUCUCCAAUUACUGCAGACAUUGAAGGAGAGAUAGAGAAAGGACCCUACAUGAGCAGAGGCUCAAUAGCUUCAGCUCUCUUCAGGCUGUUGUCUGUCUGUCUGUCUGUCUCUCUCUCUCUCUCUCUCAACUAGCAUCUAAUGGUAAAAUUGUCUCUUAGUUAAGUAGAUUAAAGAUGUAAUGUUGUCCAUUCAUGGCAGUUAUGUUGAAUUUAUCAUUUUAACCUCUCGGGUUGUCUCAGAUUCAGUUCAGCAGUCUCUUUGAAUCAUCGGGUUUUUCUCUUGUGUUGUCCAGUUUUAUUUUUCUUGUAUAGGUUUUAUUUCACUAUAUUGUGUAGUUUCAUUCCAUCUUAAUUUCCCAUUCAUUUAGAGUUUGCUGGUGACAAUGUGUGUCUGUUGCAGGAGUAGAUGCCUUUGUUUGUGGCAAAGAGUUAUUAGUUUUCACUCUCAAAAGCAUUUUUUUACAAAUCAGUAUUGUACUUUUACUAAAUAUUGGGAUAUUACUUUUUUUUUAAAUUAAAAAAUAUACCAAUGUUUAGAAAGCUUGUACUGAUUUGCAUGAACACUUGCAAAUUGCUAAACUAAUUUUAAAAACCUAUAUUUCCUUUGAAAGGGAUCUUGUGAGAAUAAUGCACUUUGUCAUUUACACAGCCGCCCACUGCUGCACAGUUAGGCUACAGGCCUGCUGUUCCAGAAAAAUAAAAGUGGUACAUUGCUAAUGAAAUAGCAUUAAUCAAAAUAAUCCAGAUACAGUAAAGCAGAAAGAACUAGAAACUAAAGAAACAACUAAAAGGAGAUUCACUGCUUGAGUCUUAUCUAGGACUAGCCAUAUUUUAUAUACUGUGCACAGUAGAAGGUUUGUUACAAUUCCUGUACAGCUAGAUGUACAGGUAGUUGUAAAGAAAUUAGGGAAUGCAUUGUCUAUAUACUUCACAAUUAUAAAUAAAUGAGCUGCAAUAAACUCCCCCCCCAACAGUAAAAGAUUGGUUAUCAUUCCUUGUUCCUGAAAUUCACAUGAAUACCUCCUCUGAAGACAGAAGAGAGCAAUGCAACUGCAAUGCUAAAUAUGUUCUUGUUUAAUUGCAUACAGCAGCCAACAUUUUCUUAAACUAAGAUAAACAAAUAUCACUGUGUAAAGGUCUUCCAAAGAAAAAAUAAGAACAGCAUAACUUUUUAGAAAAUAUAUCUUUAAUCUAUUUAGUUUAAAAAAUGUUUUAUUAGUAUUGUUAUAAUUCUUCUCAUCUGAAAGUAUUUAAGCAGGGCAUCCCUUGACUUUUUAGGUUAUGUCCACUCCACCAUUGAGUCAUAAAACCAGACUAAUCCUAGCACUUAAAGGACUGGGUGAUGAAGAAAGGCUGAAAUAACUGAAUCUAUUUAGCCUGGAACAAAGAAUCAGGGAGGACAUGAAUGAAGACUUUAAAAUUUAAAGAGUUGACAUAGUUAACCCAAACCAAUACUUCAAGCACAGUACAGAAAACAGGACCAGAGGACACAGUUGGAAAUUAAGCAGAGAUAGACUUAGGGCAGAGGGAAGGAGAUGCUUUUUCACACAAAGUGGUGAGGAUAUGGAACGGGCUAACUAGUAAGGCAGAAACACUUAGAUCCUUUAAAACCCAACUUGAUAGUUCUGGGACCAACCAGCUACUCGGAGCGGGACAAGUUUAAAUGGACCAAAUGGUUUCCUCUUGGUCGUAAACUUUUGUAUGUUCUUAAAACAUUUUAUUCAUGUUUAUUUCCCAGUUUUUAAAAUCUGUCAUAUAUAAUUUGUGUUUGUUAACUUAUGAUACAGUACAAAUCCUUUUAAUAGCUCCUUUUCCAAUAAAUAUAAAUACAUAUGAAGUACAAUUAAUGAUGCAAGUAGAAAACAUUUAAAAAAUAGAAAUGACAUGUUCUAUAAAAAUACACUUUGAAAUAUGUUUCUGCAUCUGGGUUAUGACAGCUGAAAAGCAGACAGCUUCUAAAGAACUGACAGGCUCUUACUACUGACAGCAGCAGGUAACAAUCAAUUACUACAGUAAUUCUAAAGAGUCUAAGACUAAGAUAAGUAUAAUAUUUAUAAACCAAGCAAUUGUAGCUUAAACAGUAAUGAUGGAAGGAUAAAAGAACUAUAAAAUACUCCAAGCAUCAAUUUUAGUACUACUGUAUUCACUGUACCCUGGGCUAUUGCUGGGAAUUUUACUAUGUUUCAACAACAUCAGUCUGACCAUAAUAUAAGAGGCUCUAUUUCCUUACUGCAUAAAUAUACUGCACAUGUUGUAAAAAAAAUAUAAAAAUAUGCACUGUAUAUAUAAUUUGCAGAUUAUCUGAUAAGCUACCUGCACAUGUCAAACUUCACAAUGAUUUUGCAGUUUUGGCUGGUUGUAUUUUUUACUGGUGUUCUACAUGCAUUUCCAGGAUCCUGUAAAACUGUAUCAGAAUCUGUUUUUCUAUUAUUUUAAAUAUAUUGUUGCUUACAGCAAUGCUCUUCAUUACAAGAAAUUUGGUGUGCUGCAAAUGUUAAAACUGAAGAUGAACUCAUCCCUAGUGGCUAUUGUCUACCAGUUAAAGGAACUGGAUUGCAUUGCUAGUUUUUAUAACUUAAUUUGUAAAAUUAUAUUAGAGAAAAGUUACAACUACUGAUUUUAUUU